GAACACCACCGUGACGUCACGCGCACCUGCUAAUAGAAUGUAAACAGCGCUGGUGGGCAAAAGACCGAUAAUCGCCAUAUUGGUUUUCCUUCAUAACAGUACAACUGAUGUUCAGAUUCUUUCAAUUAUAUUUUUGAAAUGGUCCAAUCUUGUGUGGUCGUUGGUUGUACAAAUCGAUGGGAAAAGGGUAGUAGACUUUCGUGGCAUCGUAUCCCAAGCAAAAAUGACCAAGAAAGAAGAAAUAAUUGGCUCUCGUCUAUCAACAGAAAAAACUGGCAGCCAAACAAUCAAGAUCGCGUUUGUGGAAAUCACUUUCUGUCAGGCUGUGCUAGCCACAACAAAGAUGAUCCCGAUUACGUGCCAACAUUGAACAUGGGAUACGAAUUAAUGACAACAUCAACACCUGUUGUUAAAGUUGGACGCUAUGAAAGGGCAACAUCAAGGCGAAGAAAAAGGCUUGCCAUGGAGCUUGAUGAAAAUGAACGGCGGUCUGCUGCUUCUACUCUGCUCGAUCUGUCUACACAUUGUGAUGCUGAUAUAGAAAAUAGUCCCCCCGGAGACAGCAACAAUGACACUGAUGUCUUUCAUAUCAAGAAGGAGCUUGAGAACUGCAGACUUCAGCUUGCAGAAACGAGAUUAAACGAGAGGUUACUGAUCAACGAACUUGGUCGUCUCCAAGAAGAAAACUCCUCUUUACGUACCGAAGUUCAGAGUUCGUUUGGUAUAAGUUUUCUUCAGGAAGAUAGGUCUGUGUCUGACAAGAGAACCAGUUUCUAUACUGGUGUGCCAAAUUUAGCAACAUUGUUGUGGAUAGUGUCCUUUGUGCAGUCAGCUCUGCCAGACUUCUCAUCAUUGAACUCACAGGCAGAUGCAGUCAUUAUUGUUUUAAUGAAAUUCAAGCUGAAUUUGCAAAACUUUGACCUUGCCAUUAGAUUUAGAAUAUCAGAAUCAACGGUGUCUAAUGUGCUUAAUAGAACAAUUCCAAUAUUAGCUGAAAAAUUGAAAUUCUUGAUUCAUUGGCCGGACAAAGAAGAUGUACUUAGAACUUUACCCCAAGUAUUCAAGCCAAAGUACAGAAACGCUAGGACAAUUAUUGAUUGUACGGAAAUUUUCAUUGAACGACCAGGGAAUUUAACGGCACGUGCAGCUACAUGGUCUAAUUACCAACAUCAUAAUACAUUGAAGUACCUGGUAGCAAUAACACCAUUGGGCUCUAUAUCAUUCGUUUCAAAAGCAUUUGGAGGACGGACGUCAGACAAAGUUGUGACAUUGAGGAGUGGUUUCUUAGAUUUGCUUGAAUAUGGUGAUUUGGUAUUAGCGGAUAGGGGUUUCCUGAUAGGCGAGGAAAUUGCAGCACGUAAUUGCUUUCUUUCAAUUCCUGCCUUUACCCGAGGACAGGCACAACUAACCCAGCAACAAGUGGAGACCAGCAGAAGUAUUGCCAGGGUUCGAAUCCAUGUUGAACGAGCAAUUGGUAGACUUAAAAACUUUAAAAUUUUGAGUACUCAGAUGUCAUUAAGUAUGGUGCCACAUUCUGACAGUGUUCUCACUAUUUGUGCUGCAAUUUGCAACUUUCAAUCAAAAUUAGUGAAGUAGAUGUUUGAAAAAUGAAAUAUACAUGCAGCAGUUGAAAAUGUAUUGACAUUUAUGGACAGUGGUGUUUACUAUAAGUAACAAAAUGUACAUAAAUUGAAGUGAAAAUAAAAAAAAUACACUUAUUCAGGUGAAAAUAUAUUUCUCAUAUUGAUCCAACAAUGUCUCAAAUCACAAAUAAUGACUGCAAUCAGAAAACAUAUUGAUAACAUAAAUAUCAACAAAUAUAUAAUUUGACUAUUAAAAUUAAGAACAUCUUGUCAUGAUUUACAAAUUGUAGAAGGUUAAUAUACGUAUCACAAGAGAAGAUAGAAAAUGCUUACAUUGUAAUAUUAUAAAUGUUUAGGUUUAGAUCCUUAUGUAAACAUAAAUUUGAUAAUAUGAGCCACGUUCUGGGAAAACUGGGCAUAAUGCAUGUGAGUUAAGUGUUGUCCUGGAUUAGCCUGUGCAGUCUCUGCACAGGCUAAUCAGGGACGACACUUACCCCUAAAUUGGAUAUUUGCUAAGUAGAGACUUCAUUGAAAUGAAAAAUGUCAUAAAAGCGGAAAGUGUCGUCCCUAAUAAGCCUGUGCAGAUUGCACAGGCUAAUCUGGGAAUACAAUUUACCCACAUGCAUUAUGCCCAGUUUCUCAGAACAUGGCUCAUUUUAUGUUAUAAUUUUUCAAUAGAGAAUUUCAGUGAAACUUUUUCAUUAAUAUACUGAAUUCUUGUCUUUAAUUGCAUUUAGAAAUAUUUGUGUUGUUAAGUUUGUUUCUCAGAAACAUGUCAUUUGAUACUUUUCA